UCGAGGGCCAGAUAAGAGCAAGUGGAGGCCACUCUGGGGAACUGCGGGUGAGAGCCUGUGAACUGGCCCCGGGGCUCGGUGCUGAGCCGUGGGCAGGAAAAUGCCGGCCCGCUCCUUCCAAGCCUCUCCCUGCGCCCGCUAACACACCCGCGGCCACCGCCCGCAGUCUCCCGUUAAGGGCGACAGCGCCGUCCCAAGAUGUGCUGCGGGGCGCUCUGGGUGGCCCUGCCUGUGCUCUCCCUGCUGGCGGGCUGCGCGCCCGGGAAACCCCUAGAGAGCCGGGGAAGGGCGUCAGCCGGGGGAGAUGCCCACCGCUUGCUCCCGGGGCCUGGAGGGGAGCGGGAGGGGGGCGCCUUCGACCUGAGGAUGUUUCUGGAGAACAUGAAGGUGGACUUCCUGCGCAGCCUCAACCUCAGCGGCAUCCCUUCCCAGGACAGAACCCGAGCGGAACCACCCCAGUACAUGAUCGACCUGUACAACAGAUACACCACCGACAAGUCCACCACCCCUGCGUCCAACAUCGUGCGCAGCUUCAGCGUGGAAGAUGCUGUCUCUAUCACAGCCACAGAAGACUUCCCCUUCCAGAAGCACAUCUUGCUCUUCAAUAUCUCCAUUCCUAGGCAUGAGCAGAUCACCAGGGCCGAGCUCCGACUUUAUGUCUCCUGUCAAAGUCAUGCAGACACUUCUCAUGAGCUGAGAGGCAACAUGGCCAUUUACGAUGUUCUGGAUGGAGCAGAUGCUUGGGAAGCUUCUGCAGACACCAAGACAUUCCUUGUGUCCCAGGACAUUUCGGAUGAGGGCUGGGAGACCUUUGAGGUCUCCAGUGCUGUGAAGCGGUGGGUCAGAGCAGACUCCACCAAGAGCAAAAAUAAACUGGAAGUGACUGUGGAGAGUCACAGGAAGGGCUGUGACAAGCUGGAUAUCAGUGUCCCCCCAGGCUCCAAAAACCUGCCCUUCUUCGUUGUCUUCUCCAAUGACCGCAGCAAUGGGACCAAGGAGACCAGGCUGGAGCUCCGGGAGAUGAUUGGCCAUGAAAAGGACAGUAUGUUCAAGAAGUUGUCCAAGAAUGGUCUGACAGAGGCAGGUGACCACAGGGAUGAGGAGGACGGGGAAGGUCACACGGCCGCAGCGUCCUCUUUAGCCCGACGGAAGAGGAGUGCCGGUGCCAACAACCACUGUCAGAAGACCUCUCUGCGGGUGAACUUCGAGGACAUUGGCUGGGACAGCUGGAUCAUCGCACCCAAGGAGUAUGAUGCUUACGAAUGUAAAGGUGGCUGCUUCUUCCCCCUAGCCGAUGACGUCACGCCGACAAAGCAUGCCAUUGUGCAGACCCUAGUGCAUCUCAAGUUCCCCAUGAAGGUGGGCAAGGCCUGCUGCGUGCCCACCAAACUGAGUCCCAUCUCCAUCCUCUACAAGGAUGACAUGGGAGUCCCCACCCUCAAGUACCAUUACGAAGGAAUGAGCGUGGCAGAGUGUGGGUGCAGGUAGUGCUGGCCUGAGGGGCAGGGGGGAAACAGGGUGGAGGGCUGCUGAGUCCCUCUGGGCAUCAUGGGGACUAAGUCUGCCUGCAUGGCAGCCUGAGGGAGGAAAGGGAGCUGCCAUGUCCUGAAGGUAAAUGCCGGCCCACACCAAGCAUACACCACUGGGUCUAACCGCAGGGGAAGGCAAUGGCCAGGGAUGAAGGGUGGGGAUUGGGGAGAAGAGGAAAGCCUAGAAGGAUUGUUGGGGGGCAAGAGGUGACAAUGGAAAGAGGACAAGAGAAAAAUAAUCCGGAGUCAGCAGAAAAUAGCACAAAUGAGGCAGGGGAGUAUAGACAGUUGAGGUACAGAGAUUUACGGGGAUUAAAGGAGGCGAG